AUGCCUUCAACAAAUUCACGAAAACAAGAAGACCUUGGACAAGUCUUUGCACAACAUCCAGGGCCCUCGUCGUCUCUGCAACUUAGGAAAAGAAUGCCCAGGCCGCUCGCCGUGCUCUGCCUGGUGGCCGUGGGCGCCGUGGGCGUGAGCGCCAGCGCCUCCAGCCCCGACCCCAGCCCCGGCCCGGCCCUCGUCCGGCCUCAGCGCGACGACGACUUCUCCUUCGAAAUCGAGGACGAGCUCCUCCUCGGCGGCAUUGACUUGGGCGGUGGUCUACUGGGCUUCCGACCCGGGUCCGUGCGACUGGGCCACGGCUUCCAGGCUAAUCAGGCGGGCCAGUCGGUCAGCUACCAGGCUACUCAGGCAAGCCAGACGGUUAGCUUCCAGGCUACUUCGGGGGGGCGGCCGGUCGGGUUCCAGGGUAAUCAGGGGAGUCGAUUCCCAUCUACGGGAAGUGGAGGUGGAUUCCCGUCAGGAAGUGGAUCCCUGUCUGGAGGAGGUGGAUUCCCGUCAGGUGGAGGUGGAUUCCCGUCAGGAGGAAGUGGAUCCUUGUCUGGAGCAGGUGGAUUCCCGUCAGGAAGUGGAUCCCUGUCUGGAGCAGGUGGAUUCCCGUCCGGUGGAGGUGGAUUCCCGUCAGGAGGAAGUGGAUUCCCGUCAGGAAGUGGAUCCCCGUCUGGAGCAGGUGGAUUCCCGUCCGGUGGAGGUGGAUUCCCGUCAGGAGGAAGUGGAUACCCGUCAGGAAGUGGAUCCCUGUCUGGAGCAGGUGGAUUCCCAUCAAGUGGAAGUGGAUCCCUGUCUGGGGCAGGUGGAUUCCCGCCAGGAGAUGGAUUCCCGUCAGGUGGAAGUGGAUCCCUGUCUGGAGGAGGUGGAUUCCCGCCAGGUGGAAGUGGAUCCCUGUCUGGAGCAGGUGGAUUCCCAUCAAGUGGAAGUGGAUCCCUGUCUGGGGCAGGUGGAGUCCCAUCAAGUGGAAGUGGAUCUCUGUCUGGAGCAGGUGGAUUCCCAUCAAGUGGAAGUGGAUCCCUGUCUGGAGCAGGUGGAUUCCCGCCAGGAGAUGGAUUCCCGCCAGGUGGAAGUGGAUCCCUGUCUGGGGCAGGUGGAUUCCCGCCAGGAGAUGGAUUCUCGUCAGGAGGAAGUGGAUCCCUGUCUGGAGGAGGUGGAUUCCCGCCAAGUGGAAGUGGAUCCCUGUCUGGAGCAGGUGGAUUCCCGCCAGGAGAUGGAUUCCCGUCAGGUGGAAGUGGAUUCCCUUCAAGUGGAGGUGGAUUCCCGUCAGGAGAUGGAUCCCUGUCUGGAGCAGGUGGAUUCCCAUCAAGUGGAAGUGGAUUCCCGUCAGGAAGUGGAUCCCUGUCUGGAGGAAGUGGAUCCUUGUCUGGAGCAGGUGGAUUCCCAUCAGGAGGAAGUGGAUUCCCGCCAGGAGAUGGAUUCCCGCCAGGUGGAAGUGGAUCCCUGUCUGGAGCAGGUGGAUUCCCGCCAGGAGAUGGAUUCUCGUCAGGAGGAAGUGGAUCCCUGUCUGGAGGAGGUGGAUUCCCGUCAGGCGGAGGUGGAUUCCCGUCAGGAAGUGGAUCCCUGUCUGGAGCAGGUGGAUUCCCGCCAGGUGGAAGUGGAUCCCUGUCUGGAGCAGGUGGAUUCCCGCCAGGUGGAAGUGGAUCCCUGUCUGGAGCAGGUGGAUUCCCGCCAGGUGGAAGUGGAUCCCUGUCUGGAGCAGGUGGAUUCUCGUCAGGUGGAAGUGGAUUCCCAUCUGGAGGAAGUGGAAGCUCGGCUGGAAAAGAUGGAUUCCCUGGAGGACGUAGUCGGUCGUCUGGCAGUGGCUGAUCCUCCUCUGGAAAGACACUCAAGUUGGCUAUUAAAAAUAUUCACUUUAUUUGUGACCUGACAGGCUUCUGUUCAUUAAAGUCUAUU